GAGGCCCGCCUUCCUCUCACGGGCUUUCUCUUUCCACCUUGCCAGUGUCACGUGCCAAGAAAGAAAAGGAACUCGUCACACUUCCCUCCGCCCUCUUUCCCUUCCCGUCCUCAGUCUCCCCCCAUCCCCCCCAGCCUUAGUCCCAGUGCUCCCCCCCGGCCGCCAUGUUUUCUGACAAGGCCCGGCUUUGGCUUCCCCCAUAAGACAUGGCCACGGAGUACCAAAGAAACGUAGGGCCGUCGCUACUACGGAGCCCGAGCUAACGAAGCUGGAGGGAGGCCAUGGCGUCAGGCAGUAACUGGCUAUCGGGAGUAAAUGUUGUGCUGGUGAUGGCCUACGGGAGCUUGGUAUUCGUGCUGCUGUUCAUUUUUGUGAAGAGGCAGAUCAUGCGAUUUGCUAUGAAGUCUCGAAGAGGCCCUCAUGUCCCCGUGGGGCACAACGCCCCCAAGGAUCUGAAGGAAGAGAUUGACAUCCGACUAUCCAAGGUCCAGGAUGUAAAGUAUGAACCCCAGCUUCUUGAAGAGGAUGAUGCUAGACUUUUGCAGUUGGAGACACCAGGAAAUCAACAUUGCUACAAUUACCUAUACAGGAUGAAAGCAUUGGAUGCCAUUCGUGCCUCUGAGAUCCCGUUCCAUUCGGAAGGCCGGCAUCCUCGUUCCUUGAUGGGCAAGAACUUCCGCUCCUAUCUGUUGGAGCUUCGAAAUACAAGUACCCCCUUCAAGGGUGUCCGCAAAGCUCUCAUUGAUACCCUGCUAGAUGGCUAUGAGACAGCUCGAUAUGGAACAGGCGUCUUUGGCCACACUGAAUAUCUACACUAUCAGGAAGCACUGAGUGAACUGGCUGCCGCUGUCAAAGUCCGUGGUGGGAACUCCCAGCGGCAGCAUCAAUCAGCAGCUAAGGAUCUAACACAGUCUCCUGAAGUUUCCUCUCCAACAACCAUCCAGGUCACCUAUCUGCCCUCCAGCCAGAAGAGUAAAAGAGCGAAGCACUUCCUAGAGCUGAAGAGUUUUAAGGAUAACUACAACACAUUAGAGAGCACUCUCUGAUUGAAUUUGUGGAUAGCCAUAGCCAACAUGGUUCCAGUAGAGACUUCAGUCUCAGUACCCAGGAAUUUCCCCAAGACAAGAGAGAGAGUUGCACUGGGCAGCAUUAAGAUCAUUGUACCCAGAAUUCUUGAAAUGGGUACUUGGAUAUCUCCUUAGCUUAUUAUUCUGGUCUCUUAGAAUUAAAGUUCCAUGAGGCCGUCUUUCCCUCUGUAAUAGCAUUUUUAUGGAGUUGAAUCCACACGUUUUUCCUCUCUCUGUGUUACAUCCUCCUUACCCCAACCUGUUUUGAUCAUGGUUAUUUUUUUUGCCCUUUCCCAAAGUCAGUUUUAUCCUAAAUAGGUUAAUGGGAGUGGGGGAGGGACACAUGAUGUUAGCAAUGGAAACCACAAAGCCCCUAUCCUACUCAUAUGGAUGGGGACUCUAGCUAGCCUAUGGACAUGUCAUUUAAAGUUGUGGAAUGAAAAAAGCAGACAGGAGGUAGGGGGUUAUAUAUUUAAACCAAGCCCUGUUGAGAUUUGUUUUGUGUUUGGUGUACACUGCCUUGCCCUUAUUAAGAUGUGGCUAAGGAAAACGGUUGUGAUAUAGGCACUAAUUCCAUAUUCCCAAAAAGUCACUGCACUGGUAUGACUUUAUAAACUGGUUAUUUAAUAAAAACAGCUUAAAAAUAA